AUGUCAUUCUACCCAGACAGUCAUUCAACUGGAUUAGGAUCGAUCGAGGAUGAUAACCCAUUCGCAGACUUACCAUCGAAGAAUAACACGGUAAUACAGUCAAGCUCAUUUGACCUCAACCUCAACCAUCAACAAGAAGACGAACAACAACAAGAAGAAGCAGAAGCAGAAGCAGAAGAAGAAGAGGAAGAGGAAAGAACAACAACAACAGCAGCAGCAGCAGCAGCAACAGCAACAGGGCUAACUGACUUCUCAUCAACCGAUGAUGACCAAGAACUAGGCUUCGAUGGAAAACCUAUCAUCAUACCAGAUCACCAUCUAAGCUCAUUCACCAGCUCAGCAGCAAUAACAACAACAGGAUUAGAUCUUGACUAUCAAACGAGCCCAGAUCAACAACUAUUCAAGUUCAAUAACGAUCAACUAGAAUCAUCCUACCAGGAACCCUUUCAGGAUCUCAUCCCAUCAUCAUCCUCAUCCUCAUCAAACCAAUUCAACUAUCAAUCAACAAACAGCAGUCCAAAUCAACUAACCCAAUCAGCACCAGAACAACAACUCACACCACAGCAACAUCAUCAUCCUGACACUGAACAACAUCAAACCAUCCCAGCAUCAGAACUACCACCAGAACCACAACCACCCCUCUUCAGACCAUUCGGAGUCUCAGCAACAUUAACCUCAUCCUCAAACAUCACCGAUCAUCUCGACCAACCAAUCAGCCCAUCAAACCCAACAACAAGCUCAAGACCAGCCCUGCCUGACAUCCUCGGUGGUGGAAGUCUGGCUGGCUCAUUACUACUACCCGACUCGAGGGCCAGUCUACCUGCAUUCAAGAAGAGCUCACCAAAGUCAUCAAAACCCAUUCAGAAGAACGAAAACAAUCAACCUGCUCUAGCCUCGAACUCAAACAGCCCAUCAAGAACUCAACCUAAGCCUUAUCGACCCCUAGGACUCAAGAUCCCUCAACCAAAACCGAUCAUCAUCAACCCUGAACCCCCAGCUGCUUCGAACACUGAACCAGCCCAGAAUCAGAAAACCGUCGAACCUCAGUCCAAUCAAUCAACUCGAGCCACCUCACCACCACCUCAAGAACAAAAUAAAAUUGAACCCGACGCCACAUCAACAGCCAUCGCGUCAUCAUCCGAUCAAUCAAACCCCAACGAUCAUCCAGAUCCACAACAGACUCAAAAAGAUGCCGUCGAUCCAUCCAAAGAUACGGUCAAAGACGAAGAGGAAGACCCAGAAGGAAAAGGGAAGGAAGUGGUCUCUCCAACCAGUCCAUCUGGGAAUCCACCCGUACCCCAAGAGACCAAGACCGGCCUCUCGAUCGUCGUCCCAUCCCCUUCAUCUUUGCUACCCUCAUUGGUGCCUACCAACACCGUCGGCGAUCAUCCACAAGCCAUCCAACCCGUCCAGAAUUCAGGCCCGUCUGACGGGGAAACCCAAGAUCCACCUCGCGAGCAGUCUGGUCCCGAUCCCUCGGCCGAUGCCCCUCCUCAAGCUGUCCAGACUGAUCAGCCCGGACCAGAACAGAAGCCUGCUCAUCCUCCCGACUCGGAUUCCGAGGAUGAACGCCCGCUCGCCUCCGUACGCGAAGGUCUCGUCCAACAACAACAACAACAACAGCAGCAGGGUCGAGCACCCCUCUCUCGUCCUAACUCUUCUUCCCUCCCCGGCCCCAACCUUGCCCAGUAUCCUACUCCUACCCCGGUUCCGACUGCCCCUUUACCACUGUAUAAGUGUAGCGUCGGGGACCCACAAAAGAUGGGAAUGAUUAACGAUAUCCAUACCGUUUACACGGUGAAAACUGUCGCUACGGAUCCUAACUCGAGUGGUCCGUUGAAAGCUUCAAGUACGGUUUUGAGACGGUUUCGGGACUUUGUGUGGUUAUUCGAUGCACUAGUAUCGAACAAUCCAGGGAUCAUAGUACCGCCGAUACCGGACAAGAAUCUGCGUCAUCGGUUUCAGGAAGGCUUUAUCGCCGCAAGAAGGGUCGCCUUGGAGUUCUUCUUACAAAAGACUGUUAAUCAUCCUAUGUUGACUAGCGAUCCGGACCUGAAGUUAUUCUUAGAGAGCGAUGCAUUUGGUCUGGAGAUCAAACAUCGUAAACAUGAUUCGUCACCUCAGACGGGCUGGCUGGCCAAUAUUGCCGGGCCAAGGUUCGUGGAAACGGAUGAGUUUUUCGAGAACCGGAAGGUCGCGCUGGACACGUUAGAGGGACAACUGAAGGUAUUACAGGCUUCAUUGACGGCGGCGUCGAAGGCGCGUCGGGCAAUGGCACAAUCGUUAUCGGAGCUAGCCGAAGGGCUUCAAGUGCUUUCGACGAGCGACCUGUCGAAGCCGGUCCGGAACACUAUCGAGCGCCUGGCUGGGCUCCAUCGUCAGGCCCACCAAUGGGCCCUCGACCAGGCUACCAACGAACUCGAGAGCCUCAUCACGACCGUCGAAGCUUAUGCUAGACUCACUAACAGCGUCAGACUCACCUUCAAUGGCAGAGUUAAGUCGUGGGAUAAACUUCAAUACGCCAUCAACCAUCUCAAGAAAAUCCAGUCUAAUCAUGAGAAGAUUAAGCGCUCUUGUUCUCCCAACGAUCAAUCUACUGCGCUCAUGUAUUCGUUAGCCGAACUGGAAGAGGCUGAACGAAGAGCUCAUGAGGCUCGAAACGAAUUCGCUGAUGUGUCCAAAUUGAUAAAGGCUGAAUUUCAGAGAUUCGAUCAAGAAAAAGUGGAAGAUUUCAAGCUUUCAAUUUGUAGUUUUGUUGAUGGACUUACUGAUCGACAACGUCAAAUCGUCAAAGUUUGGCAGGAGUAUUAUCAGGUCUUGCAGGUCUUGUCGAAGCAAAAUGCCGAUGCCAAUAGUGCUCCCCAUCCCCCCAACAACAGCAAGAACGACAAUGGCAGCAAAAGCAACACCAACCAAAGCGAGGCCGUCCAGCCAUCAACACAGACGACAGCGGCGUCGUCGUCGGCAGUCGUUCCAGAAGCGGGCCUAGAACCCCACCCAAGCUCGUCCGCUCCCGACCCGACCUCAGCAUCAUCUGUGGAGAACCUUACGCGUGAUCUCGACUUGAAUAAGGACCAUGAGUCUAGCUUUUCUCCCUCCGAAUCUCACGACCAACAUGACCUUCUUCAGGAACAGCAGCCGCUCAUCGUCCCUGAUGAUGCCGCGGUUUGGGCUGACGUGUCCAAGUCCGAUCCGUCUCCUCCUUCCUCAUCUCAGCUCGAAAAUCACGCGGGACUUCCUUCUUAUGAUCAUGACGAUCAUCCUUAA